AUGACGAUAACUUCGUUGUUUGUGGAUAUUUUCGAUCCGCUUCCCGCAUAUCCGACAGAGCAAAAAGCAGCGAAAGUCCCACAUGCUCCAAAGAGACCAUGUCCUCUGAAUCGCGACGAGAAAAUCAUGGCCGUACGUAACGCGUUGCGUUAUGUUCCGAAGAAACAUCAUCAGCUACUAGCAAAGGAAUUUGUGGAGGAACUCGAGCAAUAUGGACAUAUCUACGCUUUUCGUUUCAUGCCAAAUUUUCAUCUGAAAGCCCCGUCGUUGUCCGAAAUUCCAGCAAAAUCCCAACAGGCAGCCGCUAUCAUUCUAAUGAUACUUAAUAAUCUUGAUCCAGAAGUGGCACAAUUCCCGCAGGAACUUGUCACUUACGGAGGAAAUGGUCAAGUGUUCAGCAAUUGGAUUCAGUUUCGCCUCGUCCUUCGUUAUCUCGCACAGAUGUCCGUAGAACAAACACUUGUUCUAUACUCUGGUCAUCCACUUGGAUUAUUUCCCAGUCAUGCAAAUGCACCAAGAGUAACGAUUACCAAUGGAAUGAUGAUUCCGAACUUUUCCACGAAACCGUUGUACGACAAAAUGUUUGCACUUGGAGUUACACAAUAUGGUCAAAUGACUGCAGGCAGCUUCUGCUAUAUCGGACCUCAGGGAAUUGUGCAUGGAACAACGAUAACUAUUAUGAACGCUGGACGACGUUAUCUUAAUGUGAGCGAUCUUACGGGGAAGGUCUUCGUAACGGCAGGUUUAGGCGGCAUGAGUGGCGCACAACCGAAAGCGGCCACCAUCGCAGGAUGCAUCUCCGUCACCGCCGAGGUCAUUGCGGAUGCUUUGCUGAAACGUUAUAAUCAAGGAUGGAUAGAUGAGUACUCGAGCGAUUUGAGUGAAAUCAUCAAUCUCAUCAGGAAAUAUCGCAAAGAAAAGAAAACGAGAAGCAUUGGUUACCUAGGAAACAUAGUUGAUUUGUGGGAACGUUUAGCUGCAGAACCAGAUCAUCUCGUGGAUCUGGGUUCAGAUCAAACUUCCUUGCACAACCCUUUCCUGGGUGGAUACUAUCCGGUAGGGAUCAGUGUCGAGGAUGCAAACAAAUUAAUGACCAGUGAACCAGAACACUUCAAAAAAUUGGUUCAGAGAAGUCUACUUCGACAUAUUGCCGCUAUCGAUACGUUGGCUGCACGUGGUAUGCACUUCUGGGACUACGGUAACGCGUUUUUAGUGGAGUGCCAACGAGCUGGUGCAAAUAUGCGCCAUCCGCAGGCGAAAGAUGACAAGACGUUCAGAUAUCCGUCGUACAUGCAAGAUAUUAUGGGUGACAUAUUCUCGAUGGGUUUUGGUCCAUUCCGCUGGGUAUGCACUUCUCAGAAAUCAGAGGAUCUCGAAAAAACCGACAAAAUCGCCUGUGAAGUUAUUAGAAAACUUAUGGAGAAAAAAGACCGUUUGGAGCUAGCGAAGGUCCCACCACCAUGCCAUUGCGACUAUCUACGCAAUUUCACCACAGUCCCGGAACAUGUACGACAGCAGUACCUCGACAACAAGAAAUGGAUUGAGGGUGCGGCGGCAAAUCGGCUUGUUGUCGGCAGUCAAGCAAGAAUUCUCUAUUCGGAUCAGGAAGGAAGAAUUGCCAUCGCUCUCGCUUUCAACGAUGCUGUGAGAGAUGGGCGGAUUUCGGCUCCAAUCGUUCUAUCGCGAGAUCAUCAUGAUGUCUCGGGAACAGACUCACCUUUCCGCGAAACAUCGAAUAUUAUGGAUGGAAGCGCUCUCACAGCAGAUAUGGCAGUCCAGAAUGUCAUCGGGGAUUCAUUCCGCGGUGCUACAUGGGUUUCCCUUCACAAUGGUGGUGGAGUAGGUUGGGGAGAUGUCAUUAACGGUGGCUUCGGGAUGUUGUUGGACGGAUCUCAAGAAGCGGCAAAAAAUGCCUCCGAAAUGCUUCAAUGGGACGUUUCGAACGGUGUGGCUAGACGCAGUUGGUCAGGGAAUGAAAAAGCGCGAGAGGCGAUUAUUAGGACACAAGCACAGAAUAAAAACCUCGUCGUAACUAUUCCUUACGACGCCGAUGACCAACUACUAGAACGCUUCUUCUAG